AUUCCACUGGGCGCCACUUUCCAAUUCCUCUGUUCAUCGCUCCUUAUUACUUUCUCUCUCUCUCUCUAAAUUCAUAUCUACAUUUCCUCUCUCCUCUGUUCCGCUGGAUUUCACAAACUGAUCGAAUCAUGUUCCCCAAUCUCCUGCUCUGUUCUCAUCGUCUCGACAAUUCCAGGAAAAAGAAGAAGAAGAAUGGAGUUGUGAGGAAGAACAGUGAAUUUGAAGAUGAACAAUUGCAAUCGCCAUUUUCAGUUCCUUUUCAGCGAGAUCCAUUGGAGAAGCAAUCCAGAUUUUCUCUGCGUUCUGAUUACUCCUGCUGCAGAGGCACCACUUUCAAGGAGAAGAAGAAAGGGGAAAUGGCUAACAAGGUCUCCAAUUUCUCCGAUCUGAUUCAACGAGUCACAGCUUCUUGUCUCCUUCAUCCACUCGCCGCCGUCCGUCAAGAUUCCGGCGAGAUCGCCGCCAAGAAUCGCAAUGGAAACGAGGUAGGUUACGAUUCCGACGAGCUUGAGGAGGAUGAGGAAGCACAGGAGGAAGCACAUGAGGAGUGGAGUAGAGAAGGGAUUAGGGCACGGCAAGUGCCGAAGGGAGAGUUAGUUGGAGUGGAUAAACUGGUGGAGAUGGAGAUUCUGAUGAACGAAGUUUUCGAUGUCGUCUCGGCCAUGAAAAAGGCGUAUGUGAACCUACAAGAUGCGCAUUGCCCUUGGGACCCGGAGAGAAUGAGGGUAGCCGAUGUAGCAGUUGUGGCUGAGCUGCGGAGGCUAGGGGUUUUAAGGGAGAGGUUUCGCCGGAGUUUGAUUGUUCAUGGCUCUGGAGGCGGUGGACGGGGACGGAGGAGGAAUGGCGUAGUUGGAAUGCUGAAGGAGGUUGUUGCUCCGUAUGAGGCGGCCAUGGAGGAGCUCAAGAAGGAGGUGAAAGCCAGAGAUGUGGAGGUUGAGAAUCUUAAGGAGAAGCUUAAGAACUCUAUGGCACUUGCUAAGGGCAACAGCUAUGGCGGCAAGAAAGGAAGAUCCCAAUCAAAGAGGAAAGUCAGCUGUAGUUUUGGUCAAGUGGCGGCAUCCCCUGUUCCUGAGCUGUUCGAGGCCACAAUGAGCCAAGUCAAAGAAGCUUCAAAAGCCUUCACAUCGCUCUUGCUUUCCCUUAUGCGCUCUGCUCACUGGGACAUUGCAGCUGCAGUCCGUUCAAUAGAAUCAGCCAUUGCUGAGAGUGACAACGCCUACCUUGAUACUGUUGCUACCACCCACCAUGCCAAGUUUGCUCUUGAAUCUUACAUUUCCCGCAAGAUUUUCCACGGUUUCGAUCAUGAGACUUUCUACAUGGACGGUAGUCUCUCCUCGCUGCUCAAUCCCGAGCAGUUUCGGCGGGAUUGUUUCACCCAAUAUCGUGACAUGAAGGCCAUGGACCCUGCUGAGCUUCUUGGAAUCUUACCAAGUUGCCAUUUUGGCAAAUUCUGCUCCAAGAAGUAUCUUUCCAUUGUUCACCCUAAAAUGGAGGAGUCCUUGUUUGGAGACUCGGAGCAGCGUCGACAAAUCUUGGCUGGUAACCACCCAAGGAGUCAGUUCUAUGCUGAGUUCUUGGGGAUGGCCAAGGCAGUUUGGCUGCUUCAUUUGCUGGCGUUCUCGCUCGAUCCAGCUCCGAGUCAAUUCGAGGCGAGUAGAGGAGCUGAAUUCCAUGCACAGUAUAUGGAAAGUGUGGUGAAAUUCUCAUGUGGACGGGUAUCAACUUCUCUGAUUGUGGGAUUUCCAGUUAGUCCUGGGUUCAAGUUGGGUAAUGGUUCUGUCAUCAAAGCCAGAGUUUUCUUAGUUUCCAGGAGUUGAGGUAUUUUUGUGGAGUUACCGUAUUGCUUACCCAAAACUUACAUGUUAUUUGCUUGCCUCAUAGUUUGGCUAAAAGAAAAAACAAGGAUAAUAAUUGACAUGGAUGGUAGAACAAUGAUCAUAGUAAGCAAUCAUCAUUGCUCCACCUUUUUCUUUGAGUUGUAAGUUUAAAUCCCUUCUUAUUUGUAAUGUAGUGAUUUAAAAGAAUGACUUUGAUUGGUCAUUCAUGUUCAUAGAAUUGUAUGAUUAUGCAUCUCUCUUGAGUUGAAGGUUAUGGGUGCACUAUUGUGACAAUACAUAUGAAACAA